AUGACCUUUGCCGUUCUUCGUGCGCUGCACACCAUAAUUGGAGACGCUUUGAACGAGAUUGAAGGCGUAUACUCGGCUCAUGGUCAAUCAUCGGAUGUUAUCCCUGCGGAAGAGAUUACGGAGGUAUCGUUAACGGAGGCUACGACAUUGGUCUCAUCACCGUUAUCGUCUCCAGAAACUCGUGGAACGGACAGUCAUUCGAGACCAAGGCACAAACCAGCACUCUCAAAUGGAACUUCAUAUGCAUACGUUUCUCCACCACCGUCUCCAUGCAUAAGUUCGCCAACGGAGCGAAUACCGCCGCCUCUGGACCAUCAGGGUGGUUCACGUACCCCAGCACUCGAUUUCCCAUCACUAGACGCCCCGUGCGAUCCAAACUCCCUAUCAGAGGCUCUGACUGCACACCCUACUGUCAUAACAGCCAUCAAUCGCGUUGUCGCCGCUGCAGGUCAGAUCAGUGCCACCGUCCAGAUUCCGUUUUUGAGUCUCUGUGAUGCAUCUAUGGGAUACCAUCUCCCAUCGUGCAUGCGAAUUUUAGAAGCGUCUCAUAUUGCCGAGAUCCUCCGUGAGGCGGGUCCUCCAGGUCUCCAUAUCAAGUCGAUUUCAGAGCAAAGUGGGAUCGAGGCUAGUAAACUAGCUCAUAUUCUUCGGCUGCUAGCCACUCAUCACAUUCUGCGCGAAGUCACCCCAGACGUAUUCGCGAUUAACCGGAUUUCAUCCUUGAUUGAUUCAGGCAAGAGCGCCCGAGAGUUGUCCGAGUUCCAAGCUAGUGGACGACCUGAGCUAAAAUAUGAGCACACGAACGGGAUAGCUGCGUUUGUUGGGCUCUGUGCCGAUGAGAUACAGAAGGCUUCGGCGUACAUGACUGAAACCUAUCUCCUCUCCCCUUCCAAACAAACACGCGAAGGUCGAGAGCCAACCCGUGCUCCAUUUUGCUUUGCCUUUAGCACCCUAGAAAGCCGGACAGAUUUCUUCGGCUGGCUAGAGGGAAAGGAUGAUUUGACGUCGCAAGAAGUAAGCAAGGGUAAUGAUGACGCUGGGGUUGAAACAGGUCCUGGAACCGCCUACCCAGCGGUUCUCGGGUCUAAGGCUGCUCCAACUCCACGACUGCCUCACCCACAACGCAAGAAACCAGGCAGCGUGAAUACCUCUGAACCCAUCAAGAAGUCAGGUCCAGAAGUCGAGGCUAGGAAUCCCAACCAGUUCAGGUUAGAACGGUUCGGGAAAGCCAUGUCUGGCACUGGGUCCUGGGAGGCACCAGGUGCCGUUCUGAGUGGAUUCGACUGGCAUUUAUUGCCCAAGGGGAGUGUUGUGGUUGAUGUUGGCGGGGGUAUUGGGUCGACAAGCAUGCUGCUUGCUUCUGCUUUCUCGUCUGCGGAAGGCGGACUAGGACUUAAGUUUGUGAUUCAGGACCGGCCGGUGGUUGUUGAGAUGGGUGAGAAGGCCUGGAAGGCGAAAAGUCCGGAGUUUCUCGAUUCUGGGACGGCGGUAUUUCAAGUUCACGACUUCUUUACUCCCCAACCCAUUCGAGACGCUGCUGUUUUUCUUCUUCGCGUUGUCCUCCAUGAUUGGCCGGAUGAUUUCGCGAGAAGAAUUCUCCUGAACCUGAGAGAGGCGGCCACACCUGAAACUAAGCUGCUCAUCGCCGAUUUCGUGUUGCCCUUAGCAUGCGCUGAUACUUCCGGGGGACUAGAAGGCGUUGAAGGUGCGGAAAGCGUACUUGCUGCUGGGCCUCUGCUGCCGAAUCUUGGCAAGGCGAGCGCCAACGCGUAUUGGAUGGAUUUGACAAUGCAAGUCAUGUUCAACUCUCAAGAACGGACGUUACGAGAGAUUGUUACCCUUGCGUCAUCUGCAGGCUGGAAGGUGGUCAAAGUGACCAAGGCUCCUGGGUCUUUGUUCGGCCACAUCACCGCUGUCCCCACGAAUAUCCCAAUACAACAGAAGAGAGCCAGAGCGGGGAGCGGUUCUGCUUUCUUCGAAGCUGCAUCUGCGUCUGUAGCCAAGUCCAAUGACGGCAAAAUCGUUGAAGACGAUGAAGAGGAACGUAGGUAUCGCGGGGAAAUGGAGAUAAUUGAGCGGGCUAGCUCGCGAUGUGGAACGCCUACGUUUGGUUCGAGGAUGGAGCUGUCUUCGGUUGAAGAAGCGUUGACGAGGUUCGGAGGUGGUGUCGUCAGGCCCAGAGGACCCGGCCCGAUAGGGAAGGGAGGGCCAUCGUCGUUGUCUCCCCCUUUCCAUGGAAGGUUCGGAGGGUUGAAACCGCCUGUGGCAUUGACAAGUUCUGUGGGCAGGAAGAAGAAACCAUCUCCUCUCUCGGUGCCUCCUCAGUUGUCAGCUUCACCAUUGCCCAGGUCUUUAGCAUCUCCGCGACAGCAGACUCCAGUGCCAGGCGCUCCGCCAACAACUAUCAGACGUCGUAUGUCGCAUGCUCAGUUAUCUUCCUCCAGUCGAACAAUAACGACAUCCCCUCUGCCACCAACACCAACGACGCCAAGACAGCCUGCACCAAUAUCUCCAUUAUCUCCUGCAGGACCCCCGCCUCCAGCGCCGCCCACACGUCUCCUAGCACGCAGGGCAUCUCACGCCCAGCUCUCUUCCUCUUACUUCCCAUUAUCCCCAAGUCCGAGCCUCAUUCCCACCAGUAGUAUUCGCGCAACACCAGAGUCCCCUGCUACGCAUCGCUCCUCCAACGUCCAUUUACCACCCUCAUCGCUUGCUGCUCCGCGCCAGCCGACGAUCACCCGCAGAUCGUCGUAUGCCCAACUUCCUGUCCAGGGCUCGUUGAGGAAGAGGUCUGGGAGCGUUAUUGGAUUUCCGCCCCCUCCUCCUAUGCCUGGCCAUGGUCAACGGGGUAUUGGAUUGGGGGUUGGGAUGGGGAGUUUGUUGGGUGGGGGUAGCGCUGGUGGUGUUUUGAGGUUUGAGAGGGAGGGAGGGAGGGGGAAUGCUGUUACUACUCCUGAUGGAAGUCCAGGUGGUACCAGUAAGUCUGCUGCGCAUGCUGGGGCGGGGACGUCGGUGCUCGCUGCGGCUGCUAGGAUUGAGAGGGGUUUAUUCUCGAGCACACCUUCUCCUUGA